GAUGCGGGCAUUGCCGAGCGGAUUUUAACUUCACAAGUGAUGUCUUUGCGGUGGUUAAAUGCCAAAGCCGUUCUUAUCGAGGAGGGCGGCAUGAUCAGUGGUGAUGCAUUUGAUAAAGCGGAAGCAGUUGCCCGGAUCGUGCGGGGCAGGGAGGAAUACUUUGGGGGGCUGCAGGUGAUUUUUGUGGGUGAUUUUUGUCAGCUCCCUCCAAUUUCUGAUAUCGUGCGUGUGGAGCAUGGUGAUGAUGAGUAUGCUGAGACGGAAGUCACGUACGCAUUCCAGGCAAGGCGUUGGAAUGCUGCAAGUUGGGAGUACGUGACGCUGCUGAAAUGUUGGCGACAAUUACAUGCCGCACCUGCAGGCGGCGAAGGAAUGGGGGAAAUUAAUGGAGCUGUGGCAGUAGAUGACGAUGCAGAGGAUUUGUUGUUGCCUCUAUUGUGCAUUGUGCGUACGUGCACUGGUGACACGCUGCCUGACGCUGUGCGGGAAGCUCUGAGCCUUGCACGGCAUGUCACCUGGACCAAGGAGGAGAACGACUCGGCUACCAACCUGCUGCCCAAGAAACACCAGGUUCGCUCCUUCAACCUGGAGAAAACGCCACGGGAAGGCAGAGAGCGGUUCGCAGCUGUUGACAGGUACAAAGGGAAGACGUAUGUGUGGACUCGGGAUCCGGCAGCUGGACAAGAGUUUGUGCAUCCGGAGUUGCUGCAAGGUGCGGGCGCUCCUGUGGCUACCAAGAGGUUCCGGUGUGGUGCAGCAUCUGCGCGCGAUGAUCAGGCUGGUGAUCGAAACCAGGUGAAGGCUGUUUUUCAUAGGAUCACCGCCGAUCCGUACCUUACGCUUGCCGUGGGGUCGGAGGUGAUUGCGACCGCAAACUUUGGGGAUGUUGCAAACGGUACCCGGGGUGUUGUGAAGGCGUUCUUGCAAUUGGACGACGGGGAGCAAAUGCAUUACGACGAAAUAAAGCUUUUGCAUGAUGGAUCUCGAGGUGGCCGGCCACGAGGUGUUCAGGCAGAUGACAUUCGGCACCUUUAUCCCCAAGUGCAUGCUCAGCGGAUGUGGCCGGAGGUUGAAUGGACGGAUUCUAACGGCAAGAAGUCCGUGUCGGUGGUAAUGCCCAUGUGGUUCAGCGUGAACGACUACCACUGUGGUUCGGAGAUCUGCGCGCGCUUGCAGCUUCCAUUGCUGCCAUCGUACGCCUUAACAGUUCACAAGGCACAGGGGUUAACUCUACGCCGCGUCACCCUGGAUGUCAGCAAUAUAUUUGACUUCGGGCAGCUGUACGUGGCGCUGUCACGUGUUCGUCGCUUUGCGGACCUGCGGAUUGUGGGCAAUAUACCCGCAAAGCUGAAACUUGCCCGCGCGUCAGUCGUGCAGUUUGAAGAGGCAACACGGUGGCGUGUGCUUGACAACAGUGCUGGUGCGUGACGCAAGCAGUACUGGUUAGGGUGAGAGCAAUCCAAUCGCUCGCUACAGUGCUGAUUUUACGCUGUGUGGUGCGUGCAGGUAUGAUGCGGGAGGUUACUUUAGCUGAGCAGGAUUGGUUUCAAGUGUACCGUGGUGGUGGAGGCCAAGUUGCAAGUACCGACAAGGACAGUGUUGCAACAUAUGCAUAUGUGUUGGAUGCUGCGAGUGCAGCACGUGGUGUUGCUUUGGGGCAAGGGUGCCGGAAAUUCCCAAACAUUGUGACGUGCCAGGCUGGACCAGCGCACAUAGAAUUAUCGUGGAAGUCGGUACUACGGUUUAAGCCUUCAGGAUGGCUGAACGAUGACGCGCUGGAUGCAUGGGUUGCGCUGUUGAACAUGGCGGCUGGGGACACUUAUGUUUUCAACUCGUUCUUCUACACAAAGCUGAUGGAGGCCGGGUUUGAUUACGCGCGUGUUGCACGCUGGACGUUGCCAGCCAAGCUGCCAGUGUGGUUGAGGGAGCGCAACAUGCCUUGCUUGCGGGCAGUACGAAAACUUGUAUGGAUAGUUAACGUGAGAAACCAGCAUUGGGUGCUUGUUGUUGCGCACAUGGAAGAACAGUGCUUGGUCCUUCUGGAUUCGUUGUUUGGAAACAAUAAGUCGGUGUUAGAGAAUAUUGCCCGGUGGUUGAUACAUGAAGCAGCAGAGAAGUUGGGUGAGCGCUGGUGCGCAUCGAAGUGGCGCAUGGCAAUAGCAAAGCCAGGAGACAUACCAAUGCAGCAGGGUGGUGUCGACUGCGGUGUGUUUGUGUCCAUGAUGGCUGAGGCUUUGGUGAAAAAUCGAAAAUUUACCCAUGCUAUGUGUGGAAUUGAUAGGGAAAGGCGUCGCAUGUUGUGCGAGAUUGUUGACUAUGCAAGAAGCCAUGAAGGGACUGUGCUAAGUGCAGCUGAGGUUCGGGACAUGUUGGACAUUGGCGACAAGAGCAAAAGUGGUGGAGGCGAUUUUAUUGAUCUUACCAGUGAUGGCGACGCGUGAUAAAGUGCCGGAGGCAAGGCCUGCGGCCGGGGCUGAUUGCACGUACGCAGGGGUUGGUCGCUCUUAGCACGUAGGUGUGGGCUUCCAGGCCGUGCCACCACGGCCGGUCUGCGGGAGACUGUGAGGGGGAAUCGCGUGUAAGGUUGCUGCUAUGUACCGCGUACCGCAAUCGUUGCGGCGGUUGCAGCGCUAGGCUAGGCUCAGGGCAGAAGGUAGGUGGCAAACGUACACUUCACCGCAAUCAUAACAGCAUUGCUUGGGCCAUUGCCCGGGAAGUAACACGUGCAGAUGUGCGGUGAGACGCAAGACACACCCCUUCGCCUAUCUAUGAAACACGAUGUUUCAGGGAUGCACAUUGUGCCAGAGAGGCUGUCUGAGCUAGCAGGCAGCACAGGAGGAAAUCAGUCAUUGAUAAUUUGAUAUCUA